GGAACAUGGUUCUUCCCGACUCGGCCCCCCCAACACACGGAGGCCCACCGACCCAGGCUUUGCGUGCCUCAUAGCCAGCUUCUACUACCAGCGCUUUCCUCGGGGUUCUCGAAGGCGGAGGGUGCUGGUUCUCCCCCUGUCCCGGAGCCGCGAUCACUGAUAUGUCGUUUCAAGACGUGCGCCCGGGACAGAAGCCAUCAAGGUGGCAGCAGCAACAGCAGCAGCAGCAACAGAACGGAGGGGGCUCUCGAACGACAUCGUCAUCGGCCGGCGGCGGCGGUGGCCAUUACUCCGGACGGAAGGGAAGCAGCUCAUCGGGAGGAGGGAGGGGGUGGUCUAAUGCCUCGCGGCAGGGAGCGCGAGAGGGAGGCUUCGGCUCGGCGGGGCCGUUGAGAACAGGCGGGAUUGGCGCCGGAGGGGGUGCCGCCGCGUUGCAUCACGGAGGAUUGGGUAGCAGCAGCAGCAGCAGACCAGCAGCCGGGGGCGUAGGGGGAGGGUUAGGGGGCGUUUCGUCGGGGGGGGGAAAGGUCGGGGACUACCUGGUGAUCUACUCGCAAAAUGUCACAUUACUGCACCGCAUGGUGCAACAGCUGGGCACGGCCCGAGACACCGGCGAGCUCCGCGGGCAGUGCCGGUGCCAGCUCCAGGUUAUCGACGAACUUCGAGAAAAGAUCCAGGGCCAGAUGCGGCUGCAGCAGCAGCAGGCCGAGGGGGCUUCUAGGCAGGACGCUGCACGCCUCAGUGCGAUGAACUCCAAGCUGACCAAGGAUUUCAACCGGGUCAAUGCCAUCGCGCUGGACCUGGGGACGCAGGCGGAACGUAGAAUGCGAGAGGUGGACGCUCAGCGGCAGUCGCAGGUGGAGGAGGACGAGGAGCGAGCACGAGUGGCAUUCGCCGGGGCCGGAGGCGGCCAAGAGCAGGGCAUGAGGCAAGUGCAGCAACGGCGGGAGCGGGUGCAGAUGCAGGAGGAGGCGAUAAACACAGCCAUCAUCCAGGAGACUGAGGAGGAGCUGCAGCAGAUCAACAAGAGCCUGUACAAGGUGAACGAGAUCUACCGAGACUUGGCGAAUAUCGUGGAGCAGCAGCAGGAAGCGGUGGAGGAAAUCGAGACCAACACGGAAGGGGCGCACGCUAGAGCCCAAGAGGGUUUAGUUCAGGUUCAAAAGGCGAACGACUACCAGCCGUCGUGUGUAGUGUCAUGACCUCCCCCGAGACCCUACACUCUACUCCAAAGCCUGGUUGAGUGCGCGCCCCUUCCAGGACAUGGACGACGUCAUGGCUUCACCAUAACAAAGCUGGCUUGUCUCGCUUGCGUGGGUCUAGGGGCGGUGGCGAAAAGUGUCGGUACCACUUCGUAGCAAGGAAGGAUUUUUUUUUGCUGUAACACAAAGGCUGGGAGGAACGCUCACGAGGAAUGCGGUACGGGCUGUGCACAUGCUUGGUGUCCACUCAGGAUACUUGGUACGUGACGCCCUGCAUGGUGCGCGACUGGAUGUAUAGAGCAGCAGUGUUGUAAGCACUACCGUUGUGCAGCAGUGAGUGGCGAUGGGAGCCGGUGGCGCGUCUUUGUUGCUGCCCCGCUUUGCUUUGCUACCUACCGCGGCGGCGGCGGCGGUGGCGGUUGCUGCUGCUGUUGUACGGCAGUAGGAUACCAGCCAGGACCGAGACACCCGUAAAGUUGUCGUUGUGGUGUGUGAUGUGGUGGUGUGUGUGUUGUUACGGUAGAACUCGAAUUCUCGCUUCCCCGCUAAGAAAAUGCGCUUCCCUGGGAAGCCGAUGAAGUCUUUGGUGGAAGUAGCCAUGAGUGCCCUGCAUGCGUUGAGUGUUCGUCGAUAGUCACGACGCGCUCCCGAAAGUCAUUGUGCUUGCAUAUAUAAUGAGCUUAACGGGCUACCAUAUACCACCCUUUUUUCGUAUGUAUACGGGAGGGCGUGAUGAUACUAUGUCCAAAAUGGUGGGAUGCAGUGUGGCUUUUGCAGGGGCCCCUUUUCGUGUGUUGUGUUGUAUAAGGAGGCGUUUUUGUCUGACUCUUGGUUUGUUUCAUCCUUGGAAGUAUUGAAGUGCUUGGCCUGUGUCCACCCCCGCCAACCCAAGCCCCUGGUUGUUUUGGUUCCGGCGGUGCAAUGAAGUAGCCCGAAGUUUCGUUAAGGCUGCUGUGGUCGAAUAAUGAUGUUGUCUUCGGUUGGGUCUCUUCACUACGCACCUUGCCUUCCUACAUUACAGUAGCACGGUGAGGAGAGGAGAGGGAUCGAUGCUUUCCCAUGUGUCUUAAAUCCACCUGAACGCAUUUCUAGGGUGGCGUUGUCGGCGUGGUGAUAUGGGCACCUCGUCGAAGGAAUGCAUGGGUUAAACACACAAUUGAGACAAGACGAGACAAGGGAGGAGAAGCGGAAG